AUGACCAAUGACUAUUCGGACGUUACAGCCUGUCCCGAUACGAUAACUCUGACUGAAUUGGUAUCUGUACCACAGCCUGCCUCGUCAACGGGACGGUCAGCUAUGAAAGAAACUUUCUCAAUCGUGUCGGCUGAGCAAGCCGAACCUGUAUCAGAUGUCUCCAGAAGUCGAGCGAUUGUGAUUAUUGCAUGUAUUACUUGUAUCACAGGAAUUGGAAACCUGUUAGCAGGACUCUUGACCGUAGGGAUUCCUGUGAUCGCAACAGAUUUGGACAUUCCCCCGACGCAACAACUUUGGCCCACCGCAGCCUUUGCGCUUGCAUGCGGUUGCACACUACUCCCAUGUGGUGCAGCUGCCGAUAUUGUUGGCCCUCGUCGUGUGAGUCUACUUGGUGGGCUGUUUCAGGCCGCUAGCGCUUUAGGCGCUGGCCUGGCCACUACCCCAGUGCAGCUUAUUUUGCUGCGGGCUACGGCAGGUCUAGCUGCAUCCUGCUGUUUACCCGGAGCCGUUGGGGUCGCAGCAAAACUCUUUCCUGUCAACAAUAGCCCUCGCCGCCGCAGCAUCGCCUUUGCAGCCAUGGGAGGCGGCCAAGCUGUCGGUUUUGGGUUGGGCUUAGUGCUAGGGGGCAUAUUUUCAGACACUGUCGGUUGGCGAUGGGGCUUCUAUGUUACCGCGAUCCUCAACGGUGCGGUUCUAGCUCUUGCGCUGUGGGUGUUGCCACGGGAUAUUGAUGGUGGCCCAUUUAAUCGGUCGUCGUUCUCACGUCUCGCUCGUGAAGUUGACUGGAUCGGUGCAUUGCUCAUUAGCACCUGCCUUGCCCUUCUUUCAUACGAGCUGGCUGUGGCCACGGGAUCAAGUGCUGAAGGGAGCAUACGUCAACCUCUACAUAUUACCAUACUAUGUACAGCAAUAGUACUCUUGCCUGCCUUUGUUCUGUGGAUGCAUCGACAGGCUCGCCUCGGUCGCCCAGCGUUGAUUCCAAACUCGAUGUGGACCAACCUGCCUUUUGCAGCAAUCUGCGUUACUGUUUUCUUGGUCUGGGGUACCUUGAACGCAAGCGAACAGCUCACCGCACUAUACCUACAGGACGUCCGUGGUGCCUCUGCUUUUACCUCGUCCUUGUACUUUUUACCUGCGCCAGUUUGUGGACUAUUAAUGAACAUCGCCAUCGGCGGCUUACUACCAUAUUUACGGCCCUCGUUUGCCGUACCCGCAGGUUGUCUUGUCAGCGGCAUUGCGCCAUUACUGUUGGCCACCCUCUCUCAUCUUGAUGGGCCCGGGUAUUGGCAUGGUAUAUUCCAAGCCAUGGCCCUUAAUCCACUAGGUGCGGAUCUGAUAUAUACAAUUGCAAACCUGGUGAUGACGGCAGCGUUUCCAAGCCAGACGCAGGCCCUGGCAGGAAGUGUCUUUAACAUGCUUGCUCAGAUUGGGAAAAGUGUCGGUAUCGCAACCUCCGCAUUAAUUGCGCGCCAGAUAACAACAGCGCACUCAGAUUUUAUGGGCCAGAAAGAGGCGCUAUUACUUGGUUAUCGAGGCGGUUGGUGGUAUAAUUGUGCACUGAGCUUUCUUUCAGUGGCUAUCAGUUUCUAUGGGUUGAAAGGCCUAGGGAAGCUCGAGAUAAAAAGGGAUUAG